GCGCCUCUCAAUCUCACAUCCGUCAAAAAAUGGAAAUUACUCUCCAGCGAUUCCUCAUCCUCAUAGCUUUCUCUUUGUGCUUACACUUAAACGUAGGCUCUGUUCGGAGUCUAUGUCUUGAGGAUCAGCAGUUGUCACUGCUAAAAUUUAAGCAAACACUCAUUUUCGACCCUGCUUCUUCAUUCAAGCUUGUUUCAUGGAAUUCAUCAACGGAUUGUUGUUCUUGGUCCGGCGUCAAAUGCAGCAAUAGUGGCCACGUUAUUGACGUUGACCUCGGCCUUGAGUCGAUUUCCGGUAGGAUUGAUAACUCAAGCAGUCUCUUGAAUCUUCAUCAUCUUCAGGGCCUUAAUUUGGCUAAGAACUUUUUCAGAGGAGAGUUUCCAGCAAAAGUUUUUCAGCUGCCAACUCUACAGAAUCUUGACAUAUCUUACAAUGCAUUUCUUCAAGGGUCUCUACCUGAAUUUCCUGAAAAUGGGUCUUUACAGACCCUGCUGCUGAGAGAAACAAACUUUUCUGGGAUGAUGCCAGACUCCAUUCGGAACCUUAGGAUGUUGUCAACAAUGGAUCUUUCACGGUGCCAUUUCAGAGGGUCGAUUCCAAACUCGACAGGAAGCCUUGCAAACCUGGUUGUUUUGGACUUGAGUCAGAAUCAGUUUUCUGGGUCCAUUCCGUCCUUCGGUAUGUUGAAGAAUUUGAAUGAUUUAGAUCUAUCUCAUAAUGAUUUGUCUGGUCAGAUAAGUUCCACCAAUUGGGAAAACCUUUCAAAUCUUGCAAAUCUUAGGUUGCAAAAUAAUUCACUAGAGGGAAUUAUCCCUUUGUCUCUGUUUUCUCUUCCAUCUUUGCAGACAAUAGAUCUUUCAAACAACUGGUUUUCUGGUCAAAUUGGUGACUUUGCAGUUUUGUAUUGUUCUCAGCUGGUCCUUCUUAAUUUGAGAGGUAACAGGUUAGAAGGUUCAAUACCCAUUUCUUUUUUCAAGCUUCAGGGUCUUGUGGAAGUCGAUCUUUCUUCCAACAACUUCAAUGGCACUUUAGAGCUCAGCAUCAUCCAGAAACUCGAAAAUAUUUCUACACUUGAUCUUUCUUUUAAUCAUUUGUCGGUGGAUGAUGCCUCAUUCGGUAAUAUUAAUUUCACUAGUUUCCCUCAGUUAUUGGAAUUAAGGUUGGCCUCCUGCAAGCUGAGGAAAUUUCCAAGUUUCUUGAAAAAUCAGUCAAAUAUGUUGGUUUUAGACCUUUCAAGCAAUCAGAUUCAAGGAGAAAUACCCAAUUGGAUAUUUAAGCUACCUUUGAGAUGGCUCAAUCUAUCGAAUAACUCCUUAACGAAAGUUGAUGGAUCUUUUUGUAAUUUUAGUUCUCUGACGAUCUUAGAUCUCCAUUCAAACCAGCUUCAAGGGGAUAUCUCUAAUGUGUUGUCGCUAGCUCUAUACAUGGAUUACUCAGAGAAUCGAUUCAGCUCUGUUCUUCCUGCUGAUAUUGGUCAUUUCUUAUUCAACACUUACUUUUUCUCGAUAUCAGGUAAUUAUUUUCGUGGAGUCAUCCCUAAUUCAAUAUGCAAUGGAGAACAACUUAAUGUCCUUGAUUUGUCUCAGAAUUCUUUAAGUGGCACUGUGCCUCGGUGUUUGAUUGCUAUGAGUCACAGUAAGGGACUUGGCGUCCUGAAUUUAAGGAGAAACAACUUGACUGGCACCAUUCCUGACGUAUUUUCGGUCAACUGUGGACUACAAACUUUGUAUCUCAAUGAAAAUUACCUGCAAGGAAAGAUUCCCAAGUCCCUGGCUAACUGCAAAGUGCUUGAAGUUUUAGAUGUCGGGAACAAUGGGAUCAAUGAUAGCUUCCCAUGUUGGUUGAGUACUAUAUCCAGUUUGCGGGUUCUUGUUUUGCGAUCCAACAAAUUUUAUGGGUCCAUUGAAUGUCCAACGAGCAAUGACACCUGGCCAUUGCUUCAGAUUGUUGAUCUAUCUUCUAACAAGUUUAGUGGAAAACUGCCAACAAAAUUCUUUGAAACGUGGACAACAAUGAUGGUCAACAAAGAUAAAAUUCAACUAGCAUUUGAUUACCUCAGAUUUGAUAUUUCACUUUAUUCAUUAUAUUAUCAAGAUAUGGUGAUAGUCACCAAUAAAGGUUCAGAGAUAGAAUUAGUGAAGAUCCUAACAAUAUUCACCUCCAUUGAUUUUUCAUGCAACAAAUUUGAAGGGAAGAUACCUGAAGUGAUGGGAGAAUUCAGGGCACUCAUUGUCCUCAAUUUGUCACAUAAUUCUCUCAUGGGUCCAAUCCCUCCAUCUCUAGGAAACUUGCAGCAUCUCGAGUCCUUGGACCUGUCUGCUAACAGUUUAAGAGGCAAUAUUCCUCAGCAGCUGGGAGGCCUGAAUUUUCUUGAGGUCCUCAACCUCUCACACAAUCAAUUGGAAGGAAGAAUCCCAAAAGGAAAUCAACUUCAAACAUUUUCAGAAGAUUCUUUCAAAGAUAACAAGGGAUUGUGCGGGACCCCUUUGAGAGAUUGUGGAGCUAAUAUGCAGCCACCAUCUACCGCACCAACAUCUAAAGGCAACAAUUUAGAUAAUGGAACCAAGAUUGACUGGAAUCUCAUAAGUGCUGAAGUGGGAUUUAUUUUUGGCUUAGCCAUUGUCAUUUUACCACUUAUGUUAAGGAAGAGAUGGAGGAUAUGGUAUUACAAACAUGUUGACAGUAUUCUUUUCAAGAUUUUUCCUCAGCUAGAUCAAAGAAGCAGAAAUCAUGAGCGAAGAACUCUCAGGACUCGCCAGAGGAGGAACUAGCAGACCUGGUGAUGAAAUGGGAGCAUUCCGUCCUGAUAUAGUUGUUCCAAAAAUAAAAGAUGCCUACAUCCAAUGUUCUUGUUUAGUAAUCAAUAAGCCUUUCAAACAACUUAUCGCCAUUGUCAUUUUACCACUUCUGUUUUGGAAGAGAUGGAGGAUAUGGUAUUACACACGUGUCGACAGUGUUCUUUUCAGGUUUUUUCCUCGGCUCAAUCAAAGAGGCAGAAAUCGUGGGCGGAGAGCUCCAAGGACACGAGAGAGAAGGAUCUAGGAGUCUAGCACGGUAGUGACCAAAAGGGAGCCCUACGUACUGAUAUAGUUGUUACAGAAAUAAGAGAUGCAUACAUCCAAUUUCUUGUUUGUUAAUCUGUAAGCCUUUUAAACAACCUCUAAGGUAUGAUAUUGAGAGGUUAAGCUAAAUUUCUAUGCAUGUAAUUUCUACUCUUUGCAAAUUUCUAGUCUACUUUAUAUUAAAGAAACUUAUAAAUUGCAUUGCCAAUG